GGUCGCCCGGGCGACGGCGGCGGCGGACGCAGCCGCUGAGGCUCAGAUAAGUCAAGCGAGCGGUCCGAGGCCACACAGCCAGUCGGCGCAGUGCUGGGUCUCCACGCCUCUAACCGGUCCGCGGUCCCGAGGUGACGGGGCUUUCCUGGGCUUCUGGUUCAGCCCUUGGGGAGGCACCGCCUCCAGAGGAGCAGCCGAGUCAGGAUCCCGGGUGGAGUGGAUUGGGUUCGCCCACGGAGGAUCUCUGCAGAUGUGGCCCUUUGGGGUGGUCCCUUACACUCCCCCAGCAGUGAGGGUGUGGGGGCAGGUUGGUGUGGGCAAGGGGCAGCCCCAGAUGGCAGUGAAGCCGUAGGUUUGUGAGCAGGGAACAGGCUGGCUCAGGACUUGAACUUGUGACUCUGACCUCCUUCUUGCUGUUCCUUACCCGCCUGUGCCACCUGGGGAGGAGGGGGCAUGGAGGUUGGAAGCGAAGCAUCUCCUAAACAUGAAUUGCCUUUUCUCUUCAAAGCCAGGCUUCUAGAAAAGUCUCUCCUUUCUGUCCCACUUGGAGCAAAUGGCAUCUUUGAGCCUGCCAGUAGUUUGUUGCUGGUCUGCAGCUCUGCUUGGCUUUUGGCUGAGUUUGGUUUAUAAUAGUUUCAAGUAUAAACAAAGCACCUUCUCCAAGACCGAGGGGCACUGGGGUGCUGAUUGAGUUUCCCAGCACUGCCAUAGCUACCACGAACCGGGCGGCUUAAAAUAACAGAAACUGGUUGUCUCGGUUUGGGCAGCCUCAGGGCCAUGCUCCCUUCAAAACCUGGAGGGGAGAAUCCUUCUUUGUCUUUUCCAGCUUCUGGUGGCAGCUGGCAGGCCUGGGUUCCUUAACCUGUAAGCGCAUCGCUCUCAUCUCUGUCUCCAUCGUCGUGCAGCGUCCCCCCCGUGUGUGCCUGGCCAGUCUUCCCCUCCCACAGGGACAGCAGUCACACUGGAUUUGGGGCUCCCCCCACUUCAGUUUGGCCUCUUCUUGACUAAUCCCGUCUUCACCGACCCUGUUUCCACAUAAGGUCACGUUCUGAGGUCCUGGUGUUGGGACUUCAGCGCGUCUUUUGUGGGGACCCUGUGGGCGGGUGCUUUUGUCUUGUUCUGGCUGUGCCGCACCCACAGUGGCGGGGUGGGCGCGACCCCCUCUUUGGGUUUCCCUGCAUCCACCCAUCCACUCCCUGGAGCCCCGGGCGAGCCUCUGGCUGCAGCUUGCCGUAGUGUGGCUUGGCCCUCGAUGGUCACCACAGCCCGUUGGCCAUUCUCAGCCUUCUCACUACGUCCGCGAGCGCACGAGUCCGGGAUGGCGCUGCCAGGGGCUCCAGCAGGGCGUCGGGAGGGGCGUGUUUUGCAUUUUGCUUUGCUUUGCUUUUUAGCUCCUGUGUUUCUUUGGAAUUUUCUCCUCCAAUGUUUUGUUCUCCCACCCUACACCCUUCCCAGCCUUCUACCCCUUGGAUUUCCAAGACCAUUAUCCCUAAGAAAAAAGGUUUCUAUUCCUUCAGCAAACAUUUGUCGAGCAUCAGACGCUACCGUGUGCCAAAUACUGGAGGGGCAGCAGGGACAGAUAGAAGCCGUCUGUCCACAAGGAGCAUGGUUUCCAUGCUGUCAGUGCUUGUCACCUGCUCGGUCUGGUUUCAGGGAGCGUUUGCUGCACUCCUGGUGUCCAGCUCUGCCGAGGGAGGGCAGGUUGUGGUCAUAGGCUUGGGUUUCCCAUGGUCCCUGGCCUCGUCAUAGUCUCUGCAGAAUUUGCCAUCCUGCUCUGCUCUUUCUGCCCAGGUGACCACUCACUGGUGGCUCAGCCACGGCAGGGCAGAGACCAGGCAGCUGGGCCGCGUCGGUGGCCGUCUGCUCUCCUGCCUGCGCUGGGUACGCUCCAGAGCAGCAGGCUAUGGUCACGUGGCUGCAGGCUCACCUCCCACCCCCUCUACCCCAUGGGCGUGAGCAAGUGUCAGGCACAGCCUGCGAGCUCCCCCAAGGGGGGCCUGGGCCUCAAGCUCCCUUUUGGGAGCCCCAUGCCUGCCAUGUGGUGGGAGGUUUGUACCCCAGCGUUGGAGUGGGCUCUCCAUUUCCCCCAGGCAUGUGUGUCUCUGAGAAGGAAGGGAACCCAGCAUGCCCUUAUUUCUAAUGUCUGGUGAUUGGAGGCAGGUGGAAGUCAUGGAUGUAGAUGUUGAGAGAGAGAAAAUAGCAAAAGAGAUCGAGGAACUAGAAAGGAUCUUAGAUCCCAGCUCCUCGACCAUCAACGGAGAGGUCUCGGAAUCGAGUCUCGGUUCAGAUUCUGAAGGAGAUUUGCUGCUCAGCGAGGACUCCGACGCCCCCAGUCCCCCAGUCUCGGAAGAAGAGCGGUGGGGUGACAUCAGCAAUGAUGAGGAUGACCCCAAGGACAGAAACCUCCCCGAGGACCCGGAGACCUGCCUGCAGCUCAACAUGGUUUACCAGGAGGUCAUCCGGGAGAAGAUCACGGAGGUUACUCUGCUGCUGGCCCAGAACCAGCAGCAGCAGGAGGAGAUCACGUGGGAGCUGGCUGGUUCCAAAGGCCCCAAGGUGAAGGACGGCAAGGGCCUGCCCUCCAACGUGUACAUCGGGCACUUCAUGAAGCCCUACUUCAAGGACAGGGUCACUGGAGUGGGACCUCCUGCCAACGAGGACACCCGGGAGAAGGCAGCCCAGGGCAUCAAGUCCUUCGAGCAGCUCCUCGUGACCAAAUGGAAGAACUGGGAAAAGACCUUGCUCAGAAAGUCAGUGGUGAGCGACCGCCUUCAGCGUUUGCUUCAGCCCAAGCUACUGAAGCUCGAGUACUUACAGCAGAAACAGAGCAAGGCUGCCGGCGAGCCAGAGAGGCAGGUCCUCGAGAAGCAGAUCCAAGAAGCAGAGAAGGACAUCCAGGAGAUCAACCAGCUCCCGGAAGAGGCCUUGUUGGGGCACAGACUGGACAGCCACGAUUGGGAGAAGAUCUCCAACAUCAACUUUGAAGGUGGCCGCAGUGCGGAGGAGAUCCGGAAGUUCUGGCAGAACUGUGAGCACCCCAGCAUCAACAAACAAGAGUGGAGCCGGGAGGAGAUUGAGCUGCUGAAAGAGGUUUCAGCCCGGCACGGCCACCUGGAGUGGCAGAAGAUUGCAGCGGAGCUGGGGACCAACCGCGGCGCCUUCCAGUGCCUGCAGAAGUUCCAGCAGCACAACAAGGGCCUGAAGCGCAGUGAGUGGACGGAGGAGGAGGACCGCCUGCUGUCCCAGCUGGUGCAGGAGAUGCGCGUUGGGAGCCACAUCCCCUACCGGAGGAUUGUCUACUACAUGGAAGGGAGAGACUCCAUGCAGCUCAUCUACCGCUGGACCAAGAGUCUGGACCCUGGCUUGAAGAAGGGCUUCUGGGCCCCCGAGGAGGAUGCUAAGUUACUUCAAGCUGUUGCCAAAUAUGGAGAACAUGACUGGUUUAAAAUCCGGGAAGAGGUGCCAGGUAGGAGUGACGCCCAGUGCCGAGACCGAUAUGUGAGAAGAUUAUAUUGUGGCUUAAAAAAGGGACGAUGGAAUUCAAAAGAAGAAGAAAAAUUAAUAGAAUUAAUAGAAAAACAUGGUGUUGGUCACUGGGCAAAAAUAGCUUCUGAACUCCCCCACCGGACAGGCUCUCAGUGUCUGAGCAAGUGGAAGAUCCUGAUGAGGAAGGGACAGAGCCACCAGCACAGGCGGCGGAGGCCCCGUCAGCGCGCCCGCUGGAGCUCCAGCAGCAGUGGCAGCAGCGGGGGCAGUGGAGAGAGCAGCAGCAGCAGCAGCAGCAGUGAGGACUCGGAGACGGAGCUGGAGGAAGGGCCAGGGGUCGCAGAGGACGGGACGGCACUGCCUCUAGCCGAGUAUGUGGUGCCAAACGUGGACCUGUGGGUUCCUGCCAGGCAGCGCGCCCACCAGCCGUGGACAGCAGCGGCAGGGGGCUGGCCGGGACACUCCGCUGGCCCUCCCAAGGAAGCCAGGGCCACCCACGGUGGCAGCAAAGAAGCUUCUGGCUCAGACUUGGCACCCAGAGAGGACGUGAGCCUGGCACAGGCACCCACUGGGCUCUGCAGCUCUGUCCUGCGAGGCAUUUGGGACUCACGCUCCACGGACACGCACCCAGCUUGCUCAGAGUUGCUGGAGGAUAAGGGUGGGAAGUGUCUGCUGAAGGUGCCGCCGGAGACUGUGCUGCGGGUGCUCAGGGCCAACACGGCCACCCGGUGCCGGAAGCAGAAGGAGAAGCUGAGGCAGCCACCCCCGCCUGGCUCGCCCCUGGUUUCUGGUCCGGGCAGCACCUCAGCUGGGAACCCUGUGCUGCGGCCGUGGCCCACCUCCAGCCCGAGGGGGCAGCGGCGCCGGAGGCACACCCUGCAGAGGAGGCUGCUGGACCGCCAGCUCCUGAUGGCCGUGAGCCCAUGGGUGGGCGACAUCACCCUGCCUCGCGCACAGGCACCCAGGAGGCCCCCCGGGGUGCAGACUCGAGCCGACAACAUCAGGAUGCAGUUGCAGGGCGCCCAGCUGGCCAGCACCCCUGUGUUUGCCCUCUUCAUUCAGCUGCUCCAGAUCGACACAGACGGCUGCAUGCAGGUCAUCCGGGAGAGGAGGGCUCAGCCACCCACGGCGCCCCAGGCGGGCUCCAGGCACCUGGCACGGUCUCCUCUUCAGGUGCCUCUGAGUGCCCAGAACGCCCCAGGCUGCGUCCUUCCAAGGGUGCCAGCCCGAGUAGCCACGAAGAAGAGCACUAGCCACCAAGGGGAUGGGGGGCCAGGGGCCUGCCGAUCCGAGGCAGUGCUCAAGGCUCCCCUGCCAGCUCCUUCCGGGCCCCGGCCAAAGCCCAAGACCGUGUCUGAGCUGCUGCGGGAGAAGCGGCUGCGGGAGGCCCGGGCCAGGAAGGCCGUCCCAGGCCCGGUGGUCCUGUCCCCCCAGAUUCUGCUUUCCUCGCCCCUGAUCCUACAGUCACCACUGCCGCCAGCGCCCCAAAGACCCCCAGCCACAGGCCCAGCCCUCUCAAGCACAGUACUCCCUGGGCUCAGUGUCCCCACCCUGGCCAGUCCCAAGCCCUCUGGCUGCAGCUCCUUGCAGGAGGCCGAGACCUCAGCCAGGCAAGAGAGACCCCCCGCUCUGCAGGUGCCGCACCCUUCCUCCACACCGCCCUCUGAGGCCUCGGCCAGCACCCCAGCCCUGGGCCCCAGCCAGAUGCCUGUGAGCUGUGUGGGACAGUCUCAGGCUCCCGCCACGUGCCGGAAGCAGGGCCUGCCCGAGCCGCCACUCUUCCUCCCUGCAGCCCCCAGCCCCACUCAGCUGCCUGUGCAGCCCCUCAGUCUGAUGCCAGCUCUGGGCCAGUGCAGGGGGGCGCCCCUUGUGAGAGCCAGACCCCCCUUGCCCAUCACCUGGGUGCUGACAGCCCAGGGCCUACUCCCCGUGUCUGUGCCAGCCAUGGGGGACCUUCCCAGGCCAGAGCAGCCAGGUGGGACCCCCAAGGUGGCCCCUGAGCUGGGGCUGCUAGCCCAAGGGCCAUCAGUUGCUCUGCCUCCUGCCCGGACUGAGACACCAGGGGGCCCAAGGCCCUGGACCCCCACACUGCACCACCCUCGGGAACCCCCUGCAGACUUGGCACCAGCGGCCCUCUCCAGGACAGACCCCUCCCAAAGCCCUGCUGGGGUGGACAGUGAUGUGGCCUGUGCCCCUCGGGAGCUCUCUCCCACCAGAGAGGCCACUGCAGCUCCUGUCCCACCUGACAUGCCCUCCCAGACCAUGCCCCCAGGCGCCCAUCCUGAGACAGAGACACCCUCAUUCAGCCAACCCCUCCUCCACAGCGGGGCUUGCCCAAGCGGUGGUACAGGAGGGGUCCCGGGGCUCCCCACUGGGACAGGACAGCCCAGGGGGCCCCUGGUCCUGGGGCCGACACCCCAGCCUGGGGCUGAUAGGCGGGCCCUGGACCUGAGCCUCAUCUCACAGGAGAGUGUGGCAGCUGCCCAGGAGUGGCUGCGGGGGUGGCGAGGGGUGCGUGUGCCCCCCCUGGGGAACAGGCUGCCCUACCAGCCCCCUGCCCUGGGCAGCCUGAGGACCCUGGCCGGCCUCCUGCUGCACAAGAAGGCUUUGGAGUGCAGGGCUGCCACCCUGGCCGGGUCCGGUGAGGUGGCCGGGCAUGAGGGGUGCCCCCCGGCAGCAGCGCUGCAGGCCUCACUCGGCCUGGUGCAGGGGCAGCUGCGGGACAGCCCGGCCUACCUGCUGCUGAAGACACGCUUCCUGGCGGCCUUCACCCUCCCUGCACUGCUUGCCACUUUGCCCCCUCGCGGCGUCCACACCACCCUUUCGAUAAUUGCCAGCGAGGACUCUGAGAGUGAGGACGGGGACUUUCUAGGGGAGCUGGAAGCCCCUGACAGGGCGGCCCUCCAGCACGGGCAACCCAGCUGUGUGGCCAGCCCCCCCCAGCUGGAGUCACAGGAAACCCUAAAUGCUGGCAAGGGCUUUGCCACCUCCUGCCUAGAAACUUCUGAUGACCUGGAUGUGCUCAGAACCAGGCGCUCACGGCACGUCCGCAAGCGGAGGAGGCUGAUGUGAGCGGGGUACCUCCUGGCCUGGAAGCUUCUGCUGCUGCUCAGGAAGGCAGGGCCCAGCUAGAUUUGGAGAGCUGCCCACCGCAGGAGGGAGAACACAGCGGGAGCUGCCUGCCUAUGGAUGCCACCAACUCCCGUCCCCAUCCCCCCUGCACUGUGGUCCCAGGCCCCUGCUGUGACCUGUGGCCCCACAGACCUGUUUCCUCCCCGGGCAAAGUCUGAAUAUUUGAAGGAAUACGACAAACAUUAUUUUUCAAUUAAAAAGCAAAGCAUAGGC